CCUACUCCUCCUCCUUCAUUUCCUCUGUGCUUGUUACUGCGUUAUUGCUGCUGCAUUGGCUGCUCGGUCCUGCACAAAAUAAUGCGCCUUCGCGCCCUGAUUCUUCCGCUCCUAGUGGCGUUUCUCGCCGGGGCCGACCCCAGCGCAGACGGCACCGGCUCCCUGACACCACCGACACUACAACCUCUGAUCAACCGCGCCAACGCGUUGCUCUCAGCGGGCCACUACGCGGAUGCAGCGAAGGCUUACUCUGACGCCAUCGAGCAAUCCCCGGCAGACUACGUGCUCUACUACAAGCGCGCGACGGCCUACUACUCGACCUCGCGCCACCCGCAGGCGCUCGCCGAUUUCCAGAAGGUGCUCGACCUCACCCAGGGCACGUUCGACAAGGCCCUCUUGCUCUCCGCGCGCAUCCACGCCAAGGACGGCGCUUUCACCCUCGCGCGUGCCGCCCUCGCCGACUUCAACCGGAAAGUGACCGGAAGCAGAGAGGCGGCGCAACUCGCGGCGGACGUACAGGCCGGGGAGGAGGCCGCGAAAAAGGCGGAAAGGGCGAAGAAGGCGACGCUGUGGACGGCGUGCGUGGAAAGCGCGAGCGAGGCGUUGGCGGUCGCGAGCCAUAGUGCGGAACUGCGCGAGAUGCGCGCGGAGUGCGCGAUCGCGAGCGGGGAUGUCGAGCUCGCCGUCGGAGACCUCACACGUCUGACGCACCUCACCUCGCCCUCGCCCGACCUCCUCAUGCACAUCUUCCGCCUCACCUACUUCCUCACCCCCUUCUCCCCCGCGGACCCGCACCCGGCCGCGCUCAACACGCUCAAACAAUGCCUCCGCCACGACCCAGACUCGAAACCGUGCAAAUCCGCGCACCGGCUCGUCAAAUCGCUCGACAAGUCCUUCGCCAAAGUCGACUCGCUCCUCGCCGGCGAAAACUGGCGGGGCGUGGUCAACCACGUGGUCGGCGUCGGCGCCGCCGCCGAGAAGACGUACCCGGGCGCGGAGCUGCUGAAGACGUUCGAGGAGCUGCUCGCGGAGCAUUUCCCGCCGGCGUCGAAGGACGCGCUGCACGUCGAGGCCGCGCGCGCGUCCCCCCGCCGCGCGUACCUCCUCCGCGCCGCGUGCAAAGCCUACGUCGGGCUCAACCGCGCCGCCGCGGGCGAGGCGCACUGCUCCCGGCUGCUCGCGAUGGACGGGCGCGCGGAGGACGUGGACGGCCUGAUCGGGAUGGCGGAGGCGCACGCGGCGCGGGAGGAGUGGGAGGAGAGCGUGCGCGUGCUGGAGAAGGCGUGGGAGGCCGGCGGGAGGAGCGACCGGAACGUGAUGCAGAGGCUGCAGAAGGCGCAGAGGCUGUUGAAGCAGAGUCGGGCGAAGGAUUAUUACAAGGUGCUCGGCGUCGCGCGCGACGCGGACGAGAAGACGAUCAAGCGGGCUUACCGGAAAGCGACGCUAAAGGCGCACCCGGACAAGGGCGGCUCGGAGGCGCAGAUGGCGGCCGUUAAUGAGGCGUAUGAGGUCCUCUCCGACCCCGAGCUCCGCCGUCGAUUCGACAACGGCGACGACCCGAUGGACCCGACCUCAAACCAAGGUGGACAUCCAUUCCAGCAGGGUGGGAACCCCUUCGGCGGUGCCGGAGGGCAUCCGUUCGCCCAGUUCUUCCAGCAGGGCGGCGCGCCAGGCGGAGGCAGCUUUUUCGGUGGCGAGGGGUUCAAUUUCAGGUUCCAGCAUGGGGGAGGAGGCAGGGGGCAUUGAGGUGGUGGAGCCCGAGGACCGGAGUGGAGGAGGGGGAGGAGGUAGAGUCGGCGAUGGACGUAUACGACCAUCAGCUAUGUAUUUUGUACCACGAUAUCUCAGCGCUGCUUAUAUACGCUCAUCUUCAG